AUGGUUUCUGUGAACGAAGUGCCUCCGAAUACUAGUGGUAGCAACAGUGCCGGCAACAGUGCUGGCAACGAUGAGGACAAGAAGAAGACAGAGGCUAUCACCAUUCGAGUCAAGGAUCAGUCGGGUGAAGAGACAUUUUUCAAGGUGAAACCAAACACUAAGAUGGAGAAAAUUUUUAGCGCCUAUGCGCAGCGUAAGGGUGUACCAGUCAGCGCACUUCGUUUCCUCUUGGAUGGAACGCGUAUCAGCGGUGAUCAAACGCCUAAGAUGCUGGAAUUGGAGGACCAGGAUCAAAUCGACUGCGCGUUGGAACAAGUUGGUGGCUUUCGAUGCUAA